AACUCCUGUCUUCCAAUACUUAGUAGCCACCUUAUAUCUCAUUUAGGUUAUGUGAAAGCACGGGUAAGCGAGGAAUGCUUGAAUUAAAACUGAAACUAAAGUUCUAGCUUACGUAUGUAUUGUUAAACUAGACGUCUGAGCGAACCCGGAAGUAACAGAGAGUGUAUGUUUCGCUUCAGAGCCGUCUUCUUUUCAGAUGGACCCACAGCAUCAGUGUCGUGAAAAUUAGAGGUCUCUUUUAUGGCGUGAUAUUAGACGGUAUAAUGCCGUUAACGAAAAGAUCAAGGGUGUCAAAUGUGAAGAGUGACAAGUGAAGGAAAUCUGAUCCACCAUGGGAAAUACACCAUCAAAGAGUCGCAGUGGAGAUGAACCAGUCAAAACAACUUUAUUUGAAAAGGAGCCAAGUGGGAUAACAUACAGAAUCCCUGCUCUCAUUUAUCUGAGGCACAGUCACACCUUCCUCGCCUUUGCAGAGAAAAGAUCCUCACCCUGUGACCAUGAUGCCAAAAUCCUGGUUAUGAGAAGAGGAAUGUUGAAGGAUGAUGGAUCUGUUCAGUGGUCGUCCAGUCAGGAGCUAUCAACAGCAUGCCUCCCAAACCACCGCACUAUGAACCCCUGCCCUGUAUACGAAAAAAACAGCAAAACACUGUUUUUAUUUUUCAUCGGUAUCUUGGGAAACACCACAGAGUUGAGGCAGAUUCUCACAGGUAAGAACAAGACACGUCUCUGCUGUGUUAGCAGCAGCGAUGACGGGCAAACCUGGAGUCAAGCGAGAGACUUAACACAAAGUGUGAUUGGUGAAACUAUCCAUAAGUGGGCCACGUUUGCUGUGGGCCCGGGCCACGGUGUUCAGCUGGAGAACGGCAGAUUGAUCAUCCCAGCGUACGCCUAUUACGUCCCUUACAGAUGCUGUUCCUACCCCAUUCCCUUCACAGUCUACCCACGUGCACUGUCAGUUUAUAGCGAGGACUUUGGCCAGACGUGGCAUAUAGGUAAGAUGCUUCGAAAAAAGUCAUGUGAGUGCGAAAUGGCAGAGAUCAUAGACCACGAAGGCAGGAGUCAUCUUUACUGCAAUGCUCGUAACACUGGGGGCCACAGGUGUGAGGCCCUCAGUGAAAACAGCGGUGUGUAUUUUGACAAACCCCACAUUGCUCCAGAGCUGGUGGAGCCGCCUUCAGGCUGUCAGGGCAGCGUCAUCGGCUUCCCUGCCCCUGAAUUUGUCCCCAACGAUGACGCUGAAAGCAAAGCUUGUGGCACGUCGCUCUUGUCUCCAGACACGCAGACCUGGCUCCUCUUCAUCCACCCGACCAACAAAUCUAGUAGAAGGGACAUGGGUGUGUAUUUGAACCGAUCCCCACUGCACUCAUCAGGGUGGGACAGGCCCAGGAUCAUCCACAGCGGGCCCAGCGGAUACUCAGACCUGGCUUACAACGGAGACAAGGAUCAGUUCUCGUGCUUGAUGGAGUGCGGGAAAGAGAGUGAACUUGAGCAGAUUGCGUUCAUGUCGUUUAACCUCAAUGAUGUCAUGCAGACGGGCAGUAAGAAAGACAAGAAAAUGUGCUGAAUCUUUUUCUCUAUCAACAAAGCUCUCUUAACAUUCUCCUGCAACCUAAAAAUCCAAGCAAAGGCUACUAAAUAUUCUGUGCAGUAACAUCCGUCUGUGUUUACUGUUGUUCUACAGUCAGGAGAUUAAAGCAUGCAUGAGUCGUGUGUUUUGUUGUCUCCUCGUUUACAUGAAAACGUUAUCCAAGUCUUAAUAGUAUUGAUAUGCAAGCAGCGUGUGUAAGAAAAAGAAAAACUAUUUUUAAUAGGUUGGGUGUCUGAUUUCAAGCAUGCUGUGCUGGACUGUCAUCUUUGCAACAGGCUUUGUGUGUAGCAUGUUUGACAAGUACAUCAAUGCCCAUUUUUGCAUCUUAUUAAACUGUCAGUAUAUCCUGAGCAGUGGAGAGAAUCAGCCUACCUCUUUUAUUUUCAUAUGAAGAUCAUAGCAGGCCUUGUAUAGUAGAGCGUAGACUUUCCUGCGUGCUCCGCCUCUCCUUCACAUUUAGUAUACUCUGAUUCACAUAUGCCUUCUAUCUACUCCACUGUUUAAACUUAAGCUGUGCUGCAGCCUAUCAGUGCAUAACCCUUUGUGUAGGUCGCAGUGCGCGCUGCGAAGUUGGCAUAAAAAAAUAGACAGAAAAGAUUUUUAAAAUCCUUUAAUUGCCACAGCCAACCCUAAUCAAUAAGGAGACAAACCAAACUGUACCACAUCUAUGAGUUUUCUCAUAAUAUAAAUAUACUACUGUCAAAAGCAUGUGCCUGCGCUACUUUGUACUGUACAUAGAUAUUAUUAUUUUCCAAAGCAAUAUUUCACUUGGUUCUUUUAUUUUCUUAUUUAUUUUCAGGUGCAUUUAUUAUUGUGCUCUUAACAGACUUUUUUUUUGGCAUCAUAAAGUGAAUGCAGUGUAAUGACCAGGUAUGAUUGGCUGGCUGUUGGUUAUCAAAUGAAAGCAUGUAACAGCAUGAAACAGCAGAAGAAGACUCACUAUAUUUAUAACCCCUCUAGAAAUGUGCACACACUCAACCUUGCGUCCAUCUUGCCUAAUGUUGUGUGGCCAAAUGCCUCCAGGUGGCUCUAAACUAGUUUCAUUGUGUUUUUGUUGGCUGUUGUGGAAAGUGACCAAUCCUGCAUGAAACAUGUGUUUUAGUAGAAAAUAAAAGUUACUGUGAUCAAGCAAUUCA